CACAACUACUGCCCAUCAUCAUCAUCAUCUAACAUCAUUCCUGUCCCUUGGCCGGCCACUCAAAGGCAAGCGCUGAAUUGACAAAUUGAUGGAUGGUUCUCCAAACGCUGCAAGCUUCAGCAUCUCUCCUUUACUUUCUUUUUUUACUUCUUUCCCUUCGGUAUAUAUGAUGCAUUAUUAUUCCGGAAAAGUUUGCGACCGCAACAACAACAAUUGCUUGCCUAAGUGUUUUAUUAGCCAUCGAGAACAGAGUUUGAGUUCGGUUGAGUUGAGUUGAUUGUCAGUUUCUAUACACAUCGGUUUUUUCUGUUUAUUUUUUUCCUUUCUUUUUUUUUGUAUACAAUUUUCCUGAAUUGCUUUUUGGGUUUCAUUGGUCAAUAUGCCUUCUAUUUUGGCCCAUGAGCUGACGUAUGAGCAGGUUCAAGAGCUAAGGGAUGCCUUCGAUAGGUACGAUCUGGAUUCAAGUGGCACUCUUUCGGCGACUGAGAUGCGUUUGGCUCUGAUUUCCGUGGGUCACGAGAUCACUGAAGCAGAGCUAUACGAUCUCAUUCGCUCGGUGACUGUGGGAGAUGGCCAAGAACUGGAUCUGCAGCAUUUUAUGCAGAUGAUGGCACCCCGAAUGGCCGAUAUGGACAGCGAUGAAGCUCUUGGCCGUACCUUUAAACUCAUCGAUCGGGAUCACGAUGGCUUCAUUAGCGGGCAGGAUGUCCGAGCGAUCAUGCUCAUCCUGGGCGAAGUCGUUACCGAUGAGGAUGUCAGGGAUAUCUGCCGGGCAGUCGAUAUGGAUGGCGAUGGGCACAUAAGUCUGCGCGAUUUCAUGAGCUUCAUGCACAGCCCCAUAUGAACUUGGUCCGCAAUAAAAAUUUAACAUUUUUUCAAAGGCGAAAAAAACGAAGGCGUCUGAAUGGAAAACGGAAAGGAAAAAAUUGAGAGCAUAAAGCCAGAAAUU